CUGAGCAGCUGGCUGUCAUCAUUUGCGACUUGUUUGUUUUCAAAUUUUGGCUUUUACCUGUGCAAUUACGAAAUAAUUUUACACAUCCUACAAAGCAAAAUUGGAUAAAAUCUAGCUGAUGGAAGAUGCAUCAAAGUCAUCUAUAGCGUUGCUCAUUUUCCUCAAUGAGGAAUCCUCAUCACUCAUCGACAUUUAUCGUUGGUUUUUAUGAAUUGCAAAUUAUGAAAAUCUAUUACCGUUAAUGCACAAAAAACGUUUUGAUAUCGCUGUUUACUGGAUUUAAAAUCAACGGACCGAGUGGUAGGAUCUAAGAUGUACUGGGAAUGGGCCACGUUAACGGGAUCUAUUGGUAAUGGGUCUGAUAAGUUUGAACGAUCUUCCGUCCUCACCAGCUUACCACCGGAAUCGGCAAAGGAAGUCGUUGGUGCCGUUGUUCGCCAUGUCGUUUCUACGCUAGGAAUAUCACAACCACCUUCGCCAAGCUCCUUCGAUUCAGACGUAGAGGUCGAAUGGUGCCUUCAGGUGGUUUGCUAUGGAUUAAGUUUACCUUUGGCUGACCACGAAAUUAUUAAGGAUUGUGUCAGUAUUUACUGUGAAUGGCUAUCAUGUUUGGCCCCCAUUCCAAAGAUAUCAGUGCCUAAACCAGUGGUCGACCGACCGGACUUUUACGCAAGAAAAAUGAUAAACCAGCUCUAUCACCUAUUUCUUCCUCGAAAAGGAGAAGUCUGGCCUUUUCUAUACCGGACGGAUUUGGCUCAAGACACAAUUAAUCGACAAGCCAUUUUAUGUCAUCGGGUGCUUAGAAUCCUUCAAAAUGUAAUCAAGGCAUCGGAAUCUCUUGAACCCGCUACUUGGUCAACCUGUCUAUUAUUCCUGAUAGCCAUAAAUGAUGCUAUUUUGUCACCUCCAUCAAUCACUGGUGACAUUGGGGAUCAGCUAUGUGACAGGGUUUUGAGCGUCCUGUUUGAAGUCUGGUUAUUGGCUUGUGCAAAGUCAUUUCCAUCUCCUACUCUUUGGAAAACCCUACGGGAAUCUUGCCAGUGCUUCCGUCAUCGAUCGAAUUUGUUUGAUCAGUGGAAUCGUAUCAAUCUUCUUCUCACAGGGCGUGUUCUCAACAUUAUGUAUGGUCCCGAGUAUGUCAAGCAUCUCGAAGAUGAUGGGAAUCUUGUACCUGCCAACAUGAGUGAUGAUUGUGUUGUACAAACAUGGUAUCGAUUUUUGCAUACAAUUGGCAAUCCUGUGGACUUAACCCAACCCACUAUCAUUAGUCAGACUCAAAAUUUUUUGCAGUACGCGAUUUCCAGCGACGCCGUCGUCGAUCCUUGCCAACAUCCAUGUCUAUCCGUGUUACCUUCAAUAUUUCACAAAUCAAUGGCAGGAAUUGCAGGAAUGGUUGAUGCAUUUUUGGGGCUGCCUCCGCGACCGAUGAUGAUGGAAGGUACUAUUCCUGAACAUUCUUCUCCAACCACCACAAUUCCGAGCCCAGUAGCUCCUAUGAGACGGCUUGCCAAAAGCUUUAGUGUUGCUACUAGUACUUCAAAUGUUUCAAAGGGAAACCCCAGGACAUCGUUGUUGGGAAUUACUACCGGAAGAUCGAAAGACACUUCCUCGAUUCCUACCUUAUCUCAUUCACAAUCCAACAGUAUUCAAAGCGUACAGUCCUCCGGAUCGAUGGGUGCACCUUCUAAAAGUUUCAUCCCUUCUACAAGGAUGGAAAUUGGUAGACCUAAAGUAAACAGCAUAUUACAUCUAUUUGGCCCAUGGCUGUUUGAGUCAGCUUUAACAUGUUCUGAGCCCAAACACGACGGUGAAGUAAGAAGGACCUCAAGAAGUUCCUCAGUUCCGGCUGCUUUGCCCGAGUCUAUCGAUAUACCACAUGCUAUCACAAUCGAUAAAUAUUACCAGGGAAGAGCAGAGGCACUUGGAAUUCUUUGUCGAAUUUUCUGCUCCAAGAAAACUGGUGAAGAUAUAUUACCUUCAUAUUUAGCUCGGUUUUACAUUGCUGUUCAUAAGGGUUUGAAGGAGACGCGUUCCGAGGUGUUGGUUUCGAUCCUGUCCAAUUCACCAGACCUAUUCAGAGUGGAUUUAGAAGGAGUGACAGUUUUAAUGCCGGCCAUUGUCGAGUCUUUGGAAGCUGUCCUUCCAACUAAGGACGCCCUGAGGAAUGAUCUUCGACAAUCCUCAAUUCAAUUAUUGCUAUCGAUGAUAUCUCUUCCAUUCCAUUUCUUGAAUGUCCCCAUAAAAGAAGUACUUGAUAAAAAUUCGUAUUCUACAACGUUUAUUCAACUCAAACCUCGACUAGCAAAUCUCUUGACCAAUGCGUUACAAGUUGAAACAGAUUCGGUGAAUAUACAAAUGUUGUUGGGUGGGUUGAUGAUGUUUGUUAGCGACACUGCAGCUUUUGAAGAAUUGGAAAAAUCAUCCGUCGGCACUGGUACAGAAUCUCCCACAAAUUUGUUUUUGUCAGAAAAUACGAGUAUGCGAAGCUUCAGUGAUUACAGCAAUAGCUUUGAUGAACAUGCACUGGGAUUACCAGAAUCAGGAGAGAGUUGCAUAGAUUCAGCCCAUGCUCUGUUUAUCCGUACAACAUACCUCGUUUGUCAUCGCCUCAUAUCAACUUGGAAAACGGAUCUACCAGUUUCGAUUGCGGCCUUAGAACUUCUUAAUGGUUUGGGUCGAAUUGGAAUAAAAGCUGAUCCUUUGGAAUGUCGACGAACGGUGAAAUGGGUGUGCGACUUUAUAAUCCAUCAGUGCUCUAGACCACCACCUUCACAUUCCAAGGAUCUUCAUUCAAGUAUCGUCGCUGCUUUCCAAUGUCAAACAACCUGGCUAACUCACCAUCCUUACCUUCUCGAUGACAAGGAGACUCUGCACACGGUGCUAGAAGUAGUCGAAUUUGGAAUUUCUGGGACUAAAUCUCAGAGUAAACCUGGGGAGCCCGUGAAAAUGAAAGAUGAGAAAGACCUGAAACCAGUUUCACUCCGAGUAAGAGAUGCCGCAGAGGCUUUGCUCGCUGUUAUAUUUGAGCAGGUUGGACGAUAUGCACCAUGUAGUGGAGUGAAAACGUCGCCAUCCGUAGACGAGUAUACAGUUUUGAGUCAAGUACAUUCUCAGGAAACUCUCACCAAAACGGAAAUUAUUUCUAAUUAUUUCCGGUACUUUGUGAUUGAUCAUUCGAUUUUGGUCUCUUUGUUCGAGGAAGCAUUAGGAAAUGAUCAAGAUCCUCAACCAACGGUUACAAUGGUUUUGCGAGUGCCUACAGGGCGCCAUGCAUGGACGUUACAAUUGCGUCACCUGCCAAGGAACAAAGGUAAAUUGUCAGGAAACAACCCAACAGGGCGCCCAUUACCGAUGACUGUGGUGGGAACACGGUAUGACGACAUUCAGCAUCGUUAUUUCCCGGAGAGUGCGGACCGAAUUGUAUUCUGCAAAGCAGAUAAGGCGAUUCCACCGUUGGAUUUCUUUAAUUCAGAAUCUGGAGACCAAGAUGCAUUAGAGCAAAGUAGGCUGUCGAUGAUUUUAGAGAAUCAAAUUCGACUGGAAAAAUCGGUGGAAAAUAUGAUUCGGGAGGAGACCGAUGAGAGUUACCCUAAUCUAAGAACCGAAGCUCAGGCACCACCAGUGUCGCAAGAAUUUCAAACAGCUCGACUUCUUCUAUCUAACCUUGGAUUUAUUACUGUUCAGGAUGGAUCUGAUUUUUCUUCUCUCCCGAAAUUGGUUGCUAUUGACUCGAGACUUCCGGACUUCAUGGAAUAUUUGGAAACAUUGGAUUCGACAAGCUGUCGCACUUGUGAUACCGUUCACGUGUUCUAUGUUCGAAAUGGACAGAAAUGUCCUCAAGAGAUUUUAUCCAAUGUGCAAUCUCGAGCCAACGUUCAUCCACAUUUCGUAGAGUUUCUCUUAUCACUCGGCUGGCCAGUCAACGUCUCAGAACACGAGGGAUGGACAGGCAAUAUUAACACGAGCUGGAAGCGUCUUAGUCACCGGAGCUCGACUUUGCGUGGUCACACAGAGCAAAAGUGUAAUGCAACGCUGCAAGACGAUGGGGCUCAGUCAGGCCUGACACAAAAGGAGACUGACUUUCACGGCGGAAGUUUGUAUAAUGGGGACAGUUUUUUGUACUGGAGUGAUGUGGCGUCCGAGAUUGCUUUUAUUGUCCCUACUACUGCUGGUCAGCAGUGUGGUGAUGCUGCUGUUUGGGAUGUUGGAGACGCGUCUCCAGAUUCUCCAGAGGGUUUACAUAUGACUAGCACAAAUGACAAGAAUAAAUCCAAAUUCCCAAAGCAUAUUGUUGAACAUGGUGAAGAUAGGAGUAAACUCAAGAAAGCCUUGAAUGGAAAAUUGAUUGACACCAAAAUCUUUGUUGUUUGGUUGGAGAGUUUCGAAGAUUCGUUUCAUUUUCCUUCAAGUGCUUUAAUGAGUUCUGCAGUCACCGGGCUAGAAAAUGAACUGGUCAAGGAUCCUUCAUUGAUAAUAUUUAUCCAUGCAUUAAAGAAUGGACUAUUUCGAAUCCGCCUGGCAGGAGAAUCUCUUAGGAUGGGCUUGCCAACACCACUGGUGGAUGGCAUGGUUGUAAGUCGACGCACACUGGGAAAUCUGGUUAGGCAAACGGCGCUGAAUAUGGCUCGACGCAAGCGACUAGAAAAUGACAGUUUUCAACCUCCUCACGUACGAAGGAAGUUCAAAAUACAGGAGAUGGCUACCAAAUUCGCGACAUCAUUGUCUUGUCCAGAGUUUUACACCCAGUUCUUCCAAAGUCCGCAUGGAAGUUCACAUGAACAUUAUGAUGGCCUCUCCAGUACCACCACGGUGCACCAUGUGUAGCAGCAAUAUAAGUUCACAGAAGUUUACAGAAGAUUGAAGACCAUUACAUCGAUGAAAAAUAAAUUUGUAUGUAUAUCUGUGUAUGAUGUAUGUAGGCUUUGGGAUGGGUGCUACUUAUCUGGGUAUAAAAAAUACGUGUUUUAUAUUGUUUUAUAUAAGUACAUACACUAUUUAAACGGAUGUUUAAGAGAAAUGCAUUGUAGCUUUAACAUUUUUAGUAAUUGUAACGCAAGUAUUUGUCAUAUAUUAUUUUUCUAUGAAUAAAAUUAUUAGUUUGGUGAUUGGAUUGGA